UAUAAAAAGCUAGCCAUAAAAUGAUCAACACACCAGUAAGGACUUUGUAGUGAAAAUGUUGAAAGUUCUAGCAUUAAUAGUGUUUACAGUCGCUGUCGUAUCUUGUGUACCAGCUAGGCCUUCCAAUGAUCCAUUGGUCGUUGCGACUACAGGUGGUUUAGUUAGAGGUGAGAGAGCGUCCUGUGGACUCUUUUGCAAUUAUUCGUCAUUUAAGGGAAUCCCGUACGGCAAAGCUCCAGUCGGUGAUUUACGUUUCCGAGCGCCACAACCUCACGAAGGUUGGGAAGGUGUCCGCGAUGCAACAGAACACACUGUCGUAUGCCCACAAACCGGAUUCCUGUUUGGAAGUAAUGAAGAUGACGAGGAUUGUUUAUCUAUUAACGUGUACUCACCAAAUUUGACUAGGCGAUCACCUGUUAUGGUGUGGAUCUAUGGCGGAGGCUUCAGUAGCGGAAGUGGCAACUCGUUCAUUUAUGGACCUAAUUUCUUCGUUAGUGAAGGCGUUGUUCUUGUGACCAUGAACUACCGUGUUGGACCACUCGGAUUUUUAAGUACCAAUGAUGAGAAUGCCCCAGGCAACUAUGGAAUGAAAGACGUGAUUUUAAGUUUGAAAUGGGUUCGGGACAACAUUGCCAACUUCGGCGGUGAUCCAGAUAACGUGACAAUCUUCGGUGAAAGUGCAGGCGGUGCAGCCGUCCAUUAUCUAUUGCUAUCUCCGCAAGCCGAAGGACUUUUCCACAAAGCUAUCUCACAAAGUGGCUCUGCAUUGAAUACAUGGGCCUACGAAAUCAGUCCCGAAGCUCUUACUCAUCAAUUAGCUAAAGAUUUGAAUAUUACAUUCACGGACAAUGCUGACCUAAUCGCACAGUUGCGCCAGAUCAAACCAUCAGUUAUUAACCGUGCAAUGCCAUCAAUGUUGGACUACGAAAUUCCGCGCGGAAUCGCUCAUGCACUUCCAUUUGUUCCGUCACGUGAUCCAAAGAAUGUUAGUCCGGAAGAAGCUUUCUUACCAGGACAUCCAAUUGAUCUGAUGUACGCGGGAAAAUUCCAUCACGUACCAUACGUGACUGGUUUCAAUGACGGUGAAAGUUUGUUUAACAUCCUUGAAGACUUCCUGGAUCCAGACGUUUUCAAUGUUUACAAUGCCAAUCCACACAUCAUGAUUCCACCCAGUUUCAAUCUUUCCAAAGGCUCUCAGGAAUCUGAAUCUAUCACCGAGUACAUUUCAGACUUCUAUUUCAACAGAGAACCGUUAUCUCGUGAAGUUAGAUAUCAAUACACACAAUACAACACCGAUUUGAUGUUUGCCGUUGGUAUCGAUCAAACAGCCAACAUUCAUGCUCAGCUUCAAGACGAACCAGUGUAUUAUUACAAAUUCAGCUUUGUCGGAUCUCUCAAUUUGGUCAAACAAUUGUUGCUGCUUCAGAACUAUCCCGGUGCCGUACAUGCUGACGAAAUUCCAUACAUGUUCCAAAUCACCAGUAUUCCAGCACCUUUGCUACCAAAUAAUCCAGCUGUUCGCACGAGACAAUUAAUGGUUCGUUUAUGGACCAAUUUCGCUAGAACCGGAAAUCCAACACCACCAAACGAUCCGAUUGCAAAUGUGCCAUGGCAUCCAGUUGAAGGCGACCAACAAUACUAUGAAAUCGGAGCAAAUGUUUUCUCCUCAUCAAAUCCACAUGGCGACCGUAUGGCUUUCUGGAACAACAUGCAAGCUAUAGCUCGUCGUUGAAGGAUUUUCUGUUCUCUUUGUUCGUUUUCGGAAUAAAUAAAAAAUGAAAAUUAA